CAGGCUGCUGCUGCUGCUGCUCGUUGGCGUUUCCCCCCUGCCCUGGCCUACUACCCACCCCCACCCUCUUCCUCUCGCUCGCAUCAGGUGAACCCCUUCGCCUGCGUCUGCGUUAGCAUCACUGGAUAUUUGGAUUGGACCGGGUUGGAUCGAGGGGUUUGCUCGCCUUCUUCUUGGCCGGUGGAGGUUCGUGAGCUCUGCUUCUUCUCUGCUGCGGCGGCGGAAUUGUGCUUUGGAGCUGUGGACUGGUCCGUUCCUCUUCUCUGCUUGUUCGCCGAAUCGAAUCUGCUGGUUGUGACGAUGUGGGUGAUGUGGAUGCGGUGGUGGGUGGUGGUUGCUGGCCUGCUCGCCGUGGUCCUUCCGCCGUCCACCGCGACGCUCUCCCCGGCCGGCAUCAACUACGAAGUGGUGGCUCUGAUGGCCAUCAAGACGGAACUGCAGGACCCCUACAAUGUGCUCGACAACUGGGACAUCAACUCGGUCGAUCCCUGCAGCUGGAGGAUGGUCACCUGCUCCGCCGACGGCUAUGUCUCUGCCUUAGGUCUACCCAGCCAGAGUUUGUCUGGGAAAUUGUCGCCGAGCAUCGGCAAUCUCACCAGGCUGCAAUCUGUGCUACUACAGAAUAAUGCGAUUUCUGGUCCAAUUCCUAGUACCAUAGGACGGUUGGGGAUGCUCAAGACACUUGACAUGUCAAACAACCAUCUCAAAGGGAGUAUCCCAAGUUCAAUUGGAAAUCUCAAAACCCUCAACUAUCUGAAACUGAACAACAACAGCUUAUCUGGAGUCUUGCCCGAUUCACUUGCCACCAUUAAUGGCCUUGCACUCGUAGAUCUUUCGUUUAACGAUCUGAGUGGUCCAUUACCCAAGAUUUCUGCGAGAACUUUCAACAUCGCUGGAAAUCCGAUGGUUUGUGGUGUCAACUCUGGGGAUAAUUGCUCAUCUGUGUCACUGGACCCACUCUCUUAUCCACCGGAUGAUUUGAAGACUCAGCCACAGCAGGGCAUGGAAAGAAGCCACCGAAUUGCUAUAAUAUGUGGAGCAACUGUUGGUUCAGUAGCUUUUAUCGCUCUUGUAGUCGGUAUGCUUCUCUGGUGGCAGCAUAGGCGUAAUCAGCAGAUCUUUUUUGAUGUAAACGAUACAUAUGAUCCAGAAGUAUGUUUGGGCCAUCUGAAGCGGUAUACCUUCAAGGAGCUCCGAGCAGCUACUAACAAUUUCAACUCAAAGAACAUUUUAGGUGAAGGUGGGUAUGGCAUUGUAUACAAAGGCUACUUGCGAGACGGCUCUGUUGUUGCGGUUAAAAGACUUAAGGAUUAUAAUGCCGUUGGUGGGGAAGUUCAGUUCCAAACUGAAGUUGAAGUCAUAAGCUUGGCUGUUCAUCGGAAUCUCCUUCGGCUCAUUGGAUUCUGCACUACAGAGAGUGAGAGAUUACUUGUUUAUCCUUACAUGCCGAAUGGAAGUGUUGCUUCUCAAUUACGGGGACACCUAACUAUCUUUCAUUCUUUGUCAGAACUUGUAAAUGGCCGGCCGGCUCUAGAUUGGUCGAGGAGAAAGAGGAUAGCACUAGGCACAGCACGAGGUUUGCUCUAUUUGCAUGAACAGUGUGAUCCAAAAAUAAUCCAUCGUGACGUAAAAGCCUCCAAUGUGCUUCUUGAUGAAUAUUUCGAAGCAAUCGUGGGAGAUUUUGGGUUGGCAAAACUUUUGGAUCAUAGGGAAUCUCAUGUUACCACUGCAGUGCGUGGGACUGUUGGACAUAUAGCUCCAGAGUACCUAUCAACUGGCCAGUCAUCAGGGAAGACUGAUGUUUUUGGAUUCGGAGUCUUAUUAGUUGAGUUGAUCACUGGUCAGAAGGCAUUGGAUUUCGGAAGACUAGCAAAUCAGAAGGGUGGGGUGCUCGAUUGGGUUAAGAAACUUCACGAAGAAAAGCAGCUAAGCAUGAUGGUGGACAAAGACCUAGGUAGCAACUAUGACAGGGUUGAACUGGAAGAAAUGGUUCAGGUGGCUUUGCUGUGCACACAGUACUAUCCAUCUCACCGCCCCAGAAUGUCUGAGGUAAUCAGGAUGCUAGAAGGGGAUGGGCUGGCAGAGAAAUGGGAAGCAUCACAAAAUGUGGCUGCACCGAAGUCCGUUUCAUCGGAGCUUCUACCUCCAAAGUACAUGGAUUUUGCCGUGGAUGAAUCUUCACUCGGCCUAGAGGCCAUGGAGCUUUCUGGACCAAGGUGACCGAUCGGUCAUCGCAUAGACUCAUAGAUGUGCUUGGUUUGUAUUACUUUCGAUUUGAUUAGGUCUAGAGCCCAACAAGGGAAGGUGAAAUUUUCCGACUCGUGGGGUGUAAUCUGUCUGUCUAUAGCUGUGGUGUACAUACAGCAGCAUUGUGUGAGCUGAUCCCAUCCUUGUUGCGCAUCUACCUGGUGGCAAAGAGAUGAGAUGGAUGAGUAAAUAUAGAAAGAAAAAAUUUCCAGUGCA